AUGUCGGAAAUCAGCGGCAUUCCUGCUGCUGACACCCUCCCUGAAAAAGCAAUCCCCAUAUCGGUACCGGUACCGAUUCCGAUUCCAAGAGAAGCCCCCUCCCUGGCGACCCUGCGCUCCUGGCUGCCUCUAUAUCUGAAAAGUACCGACCGCGUCCUCGACCGCCUCGCUCGAAUCCUCCAGUCGCCCUCCCAGACCGACACGCUCCUCCAAGCCCUCUGCUACACCAGCCUCCUCGCCUCCACCAUCUCCCUCCCACGCAUCCACAACAGCAUUGGCGCCUCCGCCCGAUCCUUCAUCGAAAAGGCCCUCGCCCUCCCCCCAACCACCGCCCCCGCCUCCGCCCCCCCACACCAGCUCCCCACCGUCUCCCAGCGCCUCAAGUCCUUCUCAAACCUGCUCUCCGACGUUCGGAUCUUCGCCCGUCUCGGGGGCCUGCUACAGAUCUACAACUGGGGGAAGCAAGUCUGCUGCGAAGACGAUGGCGACGGCAUCGUCCGGGCCAUCGUCGCUGUGCAGGUGGCUGUCAACGUGGCGUCCCAGUCUCUGGAGAACAUGGCGUAUCUGAGCUCGAAGGGUGUGGGGGGAUGGGAUGGGAAGAGGCAGGAGAGGGCGUGGCUGUGGAGUUCGCGGUUCUGGGCGACGCAUGUCGGCUUGGAGGUUUUGAAAGAGGGGAGGGAGAGGCUUGUUUGGGAGAGGGAGAGAGUGAAGGGGAAAGGGGAGGGGGAUGGGAAAGAGGAGGCUGCGACUGAGGAGAGGGCCUGGAGGGAGAAGUGGUGGAGAGGGGUAGUGAUGAAUGCGGCGUUCGCGCCGCUGACGCUGCAUUGGGGCCUGGAGAAUGGAUUGCUGAGUGAGUUCUGGGUGGGUGUUUUAGGGAGCAUUGCUGGUGUUACGGGGAUGAGGGAGGUGUGGAGGAAGAGUGGGGAGCUUGGCUAG